AUUAAGAAGAAAAGACAGUUCUAGUUGACAAGCAACAUGAAAUCGACACAUGAACAGCAAAAAGAAAGAAAAAGAAAUGUACACGGUCCCACAUUACUUAAUGUGAAAAAGAAAUGAAGAAGUGAUGAAUCUCAAUGGCCGUACUUUACAAUAUCCUUGUACAUCCAUUUUCGCUAAAUCUGCUAGCUUUUUUUUUUUAUCGGUAAAUGCCGCUAAAUCUGCUAGCUACUCUGGUGGGCUAAUAUUUUUUUUUUUUUUUUUGUGAAACGUGCUCCAACACGUGUGAGUGUGACCUUAAAAGUGGUCUCAAAUUGAGUCCGGAUUGUAUACUAAUAAUAAUAGUAAUAGGUGAUGAAGGCUGGAAAGAGAAGCAAAGCCCGGUUGCCGACUUGCGCAGGACAACACAUGAACAGUUGAACACUAUGAGAGGAAGGAGGUUCACCGGCGAAGAACUCCGGUGGUGGAUGCUGGCCAUCUUGUUCCUAUGCUGCCGCUUGAGGUCUCCUUCGUCCCCAUGCCUGAUUGCCGCCGCGGACGAGCUCGUCGUCACCCAUCUCCCCGGCUUCCAGGGACCCCUCCCCUUCCAGCUCCGAACAGGGUACGUGGAGGUGGACGAGCACAAUGGCGUCCGUCUCUUCUACUACUUCAUCCUCUCCGAGGGCUCCCCCGCCGACGACCCAGUCAUGCUCUGGCUCAGCGGCGGCCCUGGAUGCACUUCCUUCACCGGCCUCGUCUACCAGAAUGGCCCUCUCAGUUUCGACAUUGACAGCUACAUGGGUGGCCUGCCUAGGCUGGUGUACAGACCGGAGACCUGGACCAAGGUGAGCAAUAUCAUUUUUCUUGAUUCCCCAGUUGGAGCUGGAUUUUCAUACUCUGUCAAAGAGCAAGGAUACAAUUCAAGUGACACCAAAGCUGUCAAUCAUAUUCUCAUCUUUCUGAAGAAGUGGUUUGAGGAGCACCCAGAGUUCUUAUCGAAUCCACUUUACAUUGGCGGUGAUUCAUAUGCUGGUAUGAUUGUGCCUACCGUCACCUCUGAAAUUGGUUUGAAAAUUGUUGGAAGUGAACCUGCUAUGAAUCUAAAGGGCUACCUCGUUGGCAAUCCAUUCACAGAUUUCUCAAACUUUGAUGAGCCAUCAAAAAUCCCAUUCGCUCAUAGGAUGGCUCUCAUAUCUGACCAAAUGUACGAGGCAUACGAGAAGAGUUGCCGUGCAGGAGACAGCAGGCACCAAAGCAUUCAGUGCACAAACAGUCUCAAUGCCAUAGAUGAGUGUGUCAAGGGAAUAUCUGAGUUUCACGUUCUGGAGCCCAACUGUGCUUAUGCAAGCCCUUACCAAUACAAUGUUCUCAAGUUGAAGACGAGUUCAGGUGUUCAGAAGAUGCAGCAGCUACUAGACUCCACUAUAGAAGGGCUUCACUUGUCUGAGAUUUCUACACAGUGCAGAACAAUGCUAUAUACACUGUCCAGAUUGUGGGCAAACAAUGCCACAGUGAGAGAGGCUCUUGGGAUUCACAAGGGAACAGUUCCACUAUGGUUAAGGUGCAACAAGGGCAUAACGUAUGUGAAAGAUAUUCAAAGUUCAGUGAAGUACCAUUUGGAUGUGACCACCAAAGGAUACAGAAGUCUAGUUUACAGUGGUGAUCACGACAUGGCUGUACCUUAUAUUGGCACGCAAUCCUGGAUUAGGUCCCUUAAUUUCUCUGUUGUGGAUGACUGGAGACCAUGGUAUGUUGAUGGGCAAGUUGCAGGAUAUACAACGUUGUACUCAAAUAACCUCACAUUUGCAACAGUGAAGGGUGCUGGGCAUACUGCUCCAGAGUACAUGCCAAGGCAAUGCCUUGCUAUGCUUUCAAGGUGGCUUGCUGGUCUUCCCCUUUGACUGCUGCAUCGCGUUCGAAUUGCAUUGCAAAAUAAUUCCAAAGAACCUUUGUAAGGGUUUUGUGUCCUAAAGAACUGUAACUUCUGUAUAAACAUGUGUUGGGGAAGCAGUUCCCCUGACGUUAUUGCACACCAUGGCAUGGUCACCGACAGGUAGGCCCCGGUGUUCAUGGGUCCACAUGUCAGUGACCAAGUCAUGGGGAGUUUGCAUCAGAGGAUCCUCGUCCGCAUUCAGACAAUCGGUGGCACUAGCCUUUUCUUUUUUUUCUCGAUCACGCAAAAAGUUUGCACGUCUUUGUAUUAAGAUAGAGAAAAGUUUAAUAUAACACGUCUUAGUGACGACCUAAGGAGUUUGUACAUGGACGCUCAGACCGACCCUAGUGAAUAUUGCACUGGCCUUUUCUUA